CGCUGCGCUGCGUUCUGUAUCACAUGUUAGAAAAACACAGGGAGCUUCUGAAUGCGUUUGAUCUUUCCUUUUGCCAUUCUAGUCCUUUGCACGCACGCACGCACUGACACACAGGUGAGAGUAAAUUCGAGAAGUGGGAGUGGUGCGUGUGUUUAACUGGUAGAGCAGCUUCGCAGCGAGACCACAUACACUACACUACACACUCACAUCACAUCACAGACACUCUUCACUGCAGCGUUACCCGCGGAGCAUCUUGUAGAGAGGCCGUGUCGGCAUCCUCCGCAUGGAUAUGAAGAAUAUGAGAGAGUAUAUGGGCUGGCUGUACUAUCAGUACCUGCUCAUCACAGGCAUUUAUGUGCUGGAGCCGUGGGAACAGUCCAUCUUCAACACAGUCCUCUUUACUAUGGUGGCCAUGGUCAUUUACACCUCUUAUGUGUUUGUGCCUAUUCACGUGCGGCUGGCGCUGGAGUUCUUCUCGGAGCUGGUCCGGGGUCAACCGGAGAGCACCGUGGCCCUCAUGAGCUAACGAUAAUGGAAAGACGUUGUUGUUGAUCUGCUGUGUGAUUAUCGGCUUGAAAACUCUUGUUUAUUUUCUACUCAGGAACAAACAAGCCAGAUGAAAUGAGGUGUUGUCAAAAGCCAUGUUCAAGUCUUCCACGUUUGCCUGGAUUCCUGCCCCAUCGUGGGAUUUUGUAUGCAAAGAUUUGGAUGGAUUCCUGUCUGAUUGCUGGGAAUGAGGUUUUGCAUGAGAUCACUUAUCACAUACAGACACUACUUUGUGAUUAACGUUCUCGUCGUCACUGCUUGAUAAUAAUGAAAUCAUGAUUCGGACUCUAUAUUAGGAGUCUCUGAUCAGAAUGAGAUAUUAUGAUUAUUUGCCCCAGUGCAAAUUAAAAGUCAUUGGAUAUUUUUAUUUUUUUUAUUAUUGCACACUGAAUUUUAUAUUCUGGAUUUUUUGUAAUCAUCUAUGCAAUGUGACUGCACUUCAUUAAAGUAUAUACAUGUGUAUUUUUGAAUACAAAUUGCUGCACUUGAUCACAAAUCAGUAGGCUGUCAAUAGAGCCCACUGUGUUGAGUGGUUCUGAUGGUGGUGGGAUUGUCUUCCAUCAUUUCUUUAGUCACUGCUGCUGAUAUAGAAAUGCAUGCACACAAAUGUUUGCAUGUAAUCUGUGCCCCUCAGAUUUGGGAUAAGCGACAUUCACAGAUUUUUAGGCACUUGUACAUUUAUUUAUAAAAUACUUUUGGCUAACGUUUUCAGACGCUAAAAGAAUGUAGUUCUCUCAGCUCAGCUGAUCACAUUUUACCAUGUUUAAAUCAGUUCCACAGAUUCCCUUUUUUGGCC